CGUGGUAAUAUCGUUCGCGUAAGCAGUAGUGCGUGUGUUAAUAUUGCGAAAAGGUGCAGCAGUUUAUCCUCAUUCCUCUAUUUAUCGCAGUAUAACAAAAAAUAAUCACAAUGCCUGGAUAAGAGAAGAAACCACAUAAAAAUCGGAACCAGCGGAACUCUAGCUGUCUCGGAUAGAUAAUAUAGAGAAAAAUAUCGGAGAAGAAAAUAAAUUGACUAAACUCAGGAUGACGUCGACAAAGGCAAAGGAAAUAGCGGAUGACUACUUUUCAUCCCUGAAGGACCUCACCAUCAAUUCAAAGCCCCUCAUAAAUAUGCUCACAAUGCUUGCUGAGGACAACGUUGAACACGCCGAGGCAAUCGUCGAAGCUGUUGAGAAUCACUUACAAAAGGUGGAAAGCAAGUACAAGCUACCGGUCCUUUAUCUCAUCGACUCAAUCGUCAAGAACGUUAAUGGAGCAUAUUUAAACCUCUUCACACAAAACAUUGUCAAUACAUUUUGUGGUGUCUUCGAGAAGGUUGAUGAAGCUACCAGGGCGAGUAUGUGGAAGCUGAGACAAACGUGGAAUGGUGUUUUUCCAGCUACUAAAUUGUAUUCCCUUGAUGUACGAGUACAGAGUAUCGAUCCAGCCUGGCCCAUCACUGCAUCACCACCAACGAUAUCUUCGGGUUCUAUACAUCUGAAUCCAAGAUUUCUAUCCAUGUCACAGGUAUCAUCAACCCAAGCCCCAUCAGUAACAGUGCCACUGUCAGUUCCCUCCCCCGAUCUAACACCUAUAAAACUAAACUCAAAACGUGAAGAACUGAUAAAUCAGCAGAAAAAACUACUGGAACUGCAAAAGCAAAAAGUUGAACUGGAGUUACUACAAGCAAAAUUGAAUUUCGAGGAGCAACAGAAGGAACUGGAUGAGCAGGAUGCUGUUGUCAAGUCUGGAAUGAUAUUACCAACGGCCAUGGUCGUUCCAACGACUGAGGCGAUCCAGGGAAAGCCAGUGGCUCCAGUUAUGCCUAGUCAAGUGGUGAAACAAGUGUCUAAGCAGGUCAGCAGAGAUAAAAAACUAAAGAACGAAUUCCCAGCAGCAACUGCGUCUCUCCUGAAAAAUGCCGGCACAACGAAUGGCCCUCGAAUAGCUCCAGCAAGCAGUCUGAUGGUAGCCUCAGCCCGCCAGACAUCCCGUGAUCCCCGCCUGAAAUCCACCACUCAACAGCCCCCAAUGGAAAUCACCCAAGUCACCUCAACAUCGUCAAUAACUACUGUACUUUCUGAUCAAUUAAAGCAGCAGUUGACAAUGAAAAAGGCUAGCAAUAUCAAGCCAACAAUGAAUAAUCCACCGAUCGGCGAAGGAUCGUUGAAACCUAGUAUUAACGAUAAUCCAAUCAACAAUAAUAAACCAUUAAAUUCGUGUAAAGAUAGUGUAUCAAAUCGUUCAAAUCAAAAGAAAGAACGAACCUCUAGCAAUAGUAACAAUAGUUUAUCCAUAAAUAAUGCAAAAUUAAUGAAUCAAGUUGGUAUAUCGACAAAUUCAUCAUUAUCAGCAAAUUUAUUAUCAUCCGUAUCGUCAAAUACGAGUGUUAAUCGGUCACAUAGUGAUAAUAGAGUUAAAGACAGUAAGCGUGAUACAUCAUCAUCUAGAUGUGAUAAAACAACAGUAUCCUCAAAAUCAUCACAUAGAAAGUUAGGUAAUAAAACGCGUUUAAAACAGUCAUCAACUUCACCAACGAAAUUAAUUAAAUUAGAUCGUGAAGCGAGUCCAGUUAGAUCAAAAUCACGUGAUAAGGAGAGCUCAGACAGUUCACCAACGUCUUUACGUACCUCACCACAGUCCUCGUCCCCAUUAUCAAAAAAUCGUAAGAAAUUAAGCGGUAAAGGGAGAAAACGUAGUCCAAGUCCGUAUCGUAUUCCAAGGCGUAAUUUAAAUGCUAAGGAGGUUUCAACGUCAAUCGUUAGUACAGGUGGUCUUACUGAGGAGGAACAGUCUGGUUCACUCAUUGUAUCACCUCCUCAUCCACCAGCUUUCAAAGAUAUCAGGCAGAAUACAAGACAGAGAAAUUAUAUUAGGAGGAAUAAGGAGGGUCCGGGCUCCAGUCCUGAGCAAUCUGGGCUUGCUGAUGAUAGUGAGAGUCUCAUUGAGUCGGCUAGUAAGGAUGAAGAUCUUAGGGCUGCUCUACCACCAACCAGUGUUGCUGUUGUCAUUAAUGAAAAGAAAGAGGACUUAGAUCUGCGAGUUCUACCGCCAGUGAAUAAGAGACAAAGUGCUGAACAUAUCGAUGGGGGAGCAUCAAAGAGGACGAAAACGGAGAAGUUUGAUGCAUUAUUCGGCCACGAAGACGUUGACCUACGUACCCUGACGAAUCCAAAAGCAGGUCGACCGCCAACCCCACCCCCACCCGUAAUCUCCGGUGAUGACAAUAAAGCAAGCUGGGCAAAACUGAAAACCCCCUCCAAAAACGAUCGCGAGAAGCAAACAAGCUUCGAUGAAAAGCGUGACCGAGACCGUAACAAAGACCGCCUAGGUCGUCCCCGACUGUACAAGCUCUCAGACGACCCCAAAGACCGUCGUCGAGGUUUCUCCAGUGACGAGGACUCCCGUCCAAACCGCAGAAACAAAGACACUGACAAAUCAGAUCUCUCCCGUGGCGGUAGAAAUAUUGAAAUAAUAAUGAAACAAGCAGAGGAACAGUGGCGAGACGGAUCAAUAAGCAAAACCGAAUACCACAAAUUGAUUCAAGAGAUUUGGCAGAUGAAUGAGGACCAGAAGCUUCGAGCUGCCCAGAGAAAAGAAAAGGAAAUAGGUUCUCUUGUCUGGGAGAAGGGUAUCGAUAUCGGUGGCUACAGUCCGAAUGACGGGGACAUGGGUCACAGGAAGGACCACCACAACCGAAACGGACCCCGUUGGAAUCAGCCCUGGCAGCCAGGCCCCUGGGCCCACCCUCCCUUCGGCCCAGGGACUCACUUUAACCCUGAAUUUAGGCCAGUUGGCCCCUGGCAGAACCCCAGAUUUCCCCCAAUGCGUCCAGACUUCAAUCAGUUCCACGGUGGCUUUAACUCGAACAUUGGCCCCCGAAUGGGUGGAAUGAUGGGUCCGAUGGGCCCCAAUGGUCCCAUGAUGCCUGGUAUCAUGCCGAACGGUCCCAUGGGUCCUCUGGGCAUCAACCCCCUCAACAUCAACGGCCCCGCUGGCCUCCUCAUGAAUGGACCACCUCGAGGAAACCUCCUGGGUCAUCUCCCCAAUCCUGUCACCCCUGUGAACACCUCAGUACCACCGUCAUCACCUCCACAAUUGGAAGAUAAGUACACGCCUGAGGAGAACGGCAGACCCAACAGGGAACUCCCCUGCCCAGACCCACAACUCCUGGAGGAGAUUGCCAGUGACACCAUGAAGUCCAUCAAUAUCGACAACAUGCCCAGGGAGAUCAGAUACUACGGCUCAGUCGGCGUUGUCUUCAUGUCCUGGGACGAUCCGAGAGAAAUUGGCUUUCAGGAUGGCGCUCGUAGAAUUCUCAUCGAUGAUAAAGACACGAUAAUGUGUGCUUUCAACGAGCCAUACAAAGAGUUUCUCUAUGAAAAUGAAGUUCAUAAAAUAAAACUAGGGGCACCAACUCGUGAAUUGUACAUCGAUGACAGGUGGUACGAGUGCUAUUUCGGUGGUCCACCAAUUACAGUGGACUUGGGAUCCAAAAAGGUCGGCAUAAAGUUGGAGGGACCUCCGCCCCAGGUGAAGAUUGGCUCGGUCAAGAGGACUGAUCUUGUAAUAGCGAAGAUCAAUCUUAUCAUCAAUGCUAGGACUAUGGUGCCAGUUUUUCUGGAUGCUAAACCCCAGAUAUUCGAGCUCGAUGGUCAAAAUCACACGUUGGAGUUCACUGACUCAUUGAAAACGGUUAUGCUGAAUGGAAGACCGUUUGCUGUUGAGUUUGGAGGGCUACCCAAGCCUAUUAUGAUCGGAGAUAAGAAACAUUUCAUCAGGUUUUCGGUAUUGCCUAGAGGUGUUCGUGCAGGUGCUGUUAAGAUCGCCGGGAUGAAGGGGGAGAGUCCUGAUGAGGGGAGCAAUGAUGUUCCUGUUGUUCCAGAGAAAUCUGAGACUUCUGGCGGGAGUGUUAGCACCUCGUUGUCUGGACUUGAGCAGGAUUCAGUGUCUCAGGACGCUAGUGAUCUUCAGUCUGGAUCUAAAUCUGAUUUACAGCUGGAUAUGUUAUCCUCUGCACUGUCUACUGCGAUGGCACCAGCCUCUGGAAUGUCAUACGAGGCUGAGCCAACAGACAAACCCAUUCCUGCUGCCCCAGUACUACCGUUGAACUUGAAUCUCAAUGAGUUGUUCCAAAGGCUCGUGGAUACCGGAAUUGUUCCCAAGAUCACUGGGGCUGCUGCUGAUGUGAAGAAGGAGACGGAGGUGAAGAAGGAGCCUGAGGCGCCACCCAUCUUGUUUGAUAAACCAGAAACGCUCAAGAUGUCUGCUAAUCCAGUACCGUUGUACAGUGGAAUGCAGUGUGGCUCUUGCAGUCUCAGGUUUGGGCCUGAUAGACCCAUGAAGUACAGUGCUCAUUUGGAUUGGCACUUUAGGCAGAACCGAAGGGAAAGGGAUUCAGCUAGAAAAGCGCAUUCUAGAGCGUGGUACUAUGAUACUAGUGACUGGACCCAGUUCGAGACUUGUGAAGAAUCUGAUGAUAGGGCUCGAAGUUGGUUUGAAAUGGAGAAGCAAAAUGCUGAGACUGAGGGAGCAAACACCGAGGAUACUCCUCAGGAAACAAUUUUACCAAGUGUACCAACAGGAGGUGAUGAGGAUGCACAGUGUCAAGUAUGCCACGAUGCUUUCGAGCAGUUUUACAAUGAAGAGAAGGAGGAGUGGCACUUGAGGCCAGCUGUAAGCUUUGAGGAUAAAAACUACCACCCUCUUUGUCUGGAGGAUCAUAAGGAAAAAUGUAUCGCGCGUGCCUUGGAGAAGUCUGCAAUGUCUGUCGACGAGUCAGCAACAGACGCAGAAGAUGAUAAAAAAGAAGAUGUAAACGAAGCAAUGGAAACAUCCACUGACGACGUGAAAGACCCUGAGUUAGAACCAAAAGAUGAAUCUACCUUGGAAGAAUCGACAGAUGAGAACAAAAUCCCUCUGGAGGAAUCCACUGAACAAGCAGAAGAACAAAAGCCAGAGAAUCAAGAAGAAGUACCUAAAAGCCCAGACGAAGAGAUGAAGCCUGUGGAUGAGGAAAAUAUUGAGAGCCUCGAACAACCGCUGGAGGGCGACAGUGAAGGGAAAUGCGAAGAACUGGUGGAUGAGAAAGUUGAUGAGGAGAGUUUGGAUGUUGUCAAGAUCAAAGAGGAACCAAUUGACAGUAUGGAGACUGAUGAACCGACGUUUGACUUCAGUAAUGUUGAGGUGAAGGCUGAACCUCUUGAACCUGAACCUGAACCUAUAGUACCUGAAUCAGGAGCCCCAGUAGACACAACACUGGCAGCUAUGACAAGUUCAAUAGACGGUAAUGUUGAGCUGGAAUCGGCGGGUUCCACAAUUCCAGCAUCACAAUCGAAGAUCAAAAUAAACAUCACAAAGACCCUAGUAACAGCAAACAAAGAGCCUGAGGAGCCUAAAGAGAAACCCCAAGCGUCCGAAACACCCACUGAGGAGAAUCCUCAGCUCCUUGUACCAGCUUCGAUGAAACCAUCACUACAAGGUAGGAAACUAUCGGUUUUGCCACCAGUUCAGAAGGGCCACGAGUUGUCAGGACUCUGCUCCAUUAUGUGAAUCAUUAAACUGCCGAAUUAUCACGAGUUAAUGUGCCAGAGAUAAUGGAACAAGGGAUUCUGGCUCAUUAAUCAGUAUAAAUUAGAGAAUACGACUUUGUAAAAACUAGUUUCGAACUUGAAUUAUUUAAUAGUUAAGUUUCGAAUCAUCACAGUUUGUUAAACUAGUACGGCAUGAUUUUUCAGUGCCUUUUUUACAUUUAGUCCACGCAUUUAUUUCCCUGUUUUUAUUCCGAGGACUGAAUCUUUAUUUUUCUAUUUUACUUCAUUAAAAAAUAGAAAAUGAGAAAAUUGGUUUCAUCAAGUCGUACAAGUUUGCACCACGUUCUUUGUACUGAUUCCACGAUGCAUGAUUAAGGGAUGAAUUUUCAUGAGAGUAUGGACACGUGUGAAUGAUGUGGAAUCAUGAAGAACGUGGAAAAAUUGAUAGAAAUGUACAUAAGAAUCAAUAAUGAGUAUUUGUUAAAUUGUAAGUAAUUUCAAAUGUAAUGUUCAAGAGAAGAAUGGAUAAUCAUUCCUCAAUAGCAUUGUGUGCAAUUGUGGGAGAGCAAUGGCAAUGCACAAGACUAAGAAAUAUUGAUAUUUCAUACAGUUUAUACUUUGUAAUGUGGAAUGAAGGAUGAUCGACACACACAUGGUAUUUUUGUUUAAUGAUGAUGAUUAUGAAGCGAUGGAAUUAUCCUCAUUUGUUGAGGCGAUGAAAAAUGAUUUGUGUGGGGAAACAUAAUUUUUAUGAUGAGUAAAAUUGAGUGAAUGAGAGAAAACUUGAUAAUAUUUCCAUUUUGAUUCGUCGAGGAUGUACAAAGCGUGUGAUAAAUGAAUUAUUUCUGUUGUGUAUAUAUUUAACAAACUAAGUAGGGAUGAAAACCAUUACAGGAAAAAACAGAAAUGAUGAAAAAAUUCACGAGAGUGACAAUGUUCCUUUUUUAAAUGAAAAUUUUCAUAAUGAAAAUUUAAUGAUAAUAGAGACCAUUAUUUUGUUGUAUAAAAAGAAGAAAAAAAACGAAUUUUGUUGAUCA